AUGACCACAGGACAAAGAUUCAUCCCAUCACAUUUCACAAGAUCUGGAAUGAGUCUGAUACGCAUCGCUCGAGAACUCUCAGAUCUCCAACGUGAUCCUUUCUCGACUGGCCCCGUGAGCCCCGCCAGCGACGAUGACCCGCGCCACUGGGUCACAAGAUUGAACGGCCCUCCAAACAGUCCAUAUGCAAAUGGUGUCUUCGCCAUCGACAUCCAAUUCCUAGAAGACUAUCCGCGAAUACCUCCUCAUAUGACCUUCUUGACUCCUGUUUUCCACCCAAAUGUCUCCGCGCAGGGAGAUAUACGGUUAGCCGAGUUUGUGUGGGAUCAAUGGUGUCCUGCAAUCACUAUCCGCAUGUUUUUGCUCUCGAUUCAAGCGAUGCUUUCGGAUCCAAAUCUACUGGAAGGCUGUAUACUUAACGAAAAGGUUGCAGCAUUGUUGUUGAAAGAUAAGCAGAGGUUCGAGAAGGAGGCGCGUGAGUGGACGGUCAUGCAUGCUGUAUGA